AACGACAGGUCUCAGGCCCCCAGGCGGGGGCGGCGGGCACCGAGUCACCAGGCACAAACCGUGGGGCUCCGAGUCAACUGGUAUGACCGCGGGCACUGGGUCAGACAUUGGAUCGUCUGGCUGGACAGCGGGCACUGGUCACCAGGCAUCAGGUCAUUUGGCUCGACAGCGGGCACCGCGUCAUCUGGCAAGGCAGUGGGCUCCGAGUCAACAGGCACGACAGUGAGCACCGGGUCAUUUGGCUCGACAGCGGGCACCGGAUCAGGUACCGGAUCAUCUGGAUCAACAGCGGGCAUCGAGUCAACUGGCCUAAUAGGAUCGUCAGGCUGGAUCAUUCAUCAUGCUGGGUAGAGGCUUCAGGCUGAAUGCCGGCGUCCGGCUGAGUAGAGGCUUCAGGCCGAGAGUAGAGGCUUCAGGCCGAGUAGAGGCUUCAGGCCGAGUAGAGGCUUCAGGCCGAGUAGAGGCUUCAGGCCGAGUAGAGGCAUCAGGCCGAGUAGAGGCUUCAGGCCGAGUAGAGGCUUC